AUGCCCAGACCGACUGCCCACCACGCGUGGAACUUUGACAUUGAUCGCUACCUCAAUCCCAUUGUGCCCUCGCCGCCAUGGCGCGUCAUUCCGUACCCCGUCGCCCACUUCCUGGGCUACCGCAGGACCAAGCCGACCAACACGGGCAACGUCAUGCCGGCCUUUUGGGCGUUUAUCGGCAUCUUUUGCGCCAUCAUCAUUGUGCAGGUCGUUUCGAUGCACAUUCCAGCCUUUGAGAGCCACCAUGCGCCCGCCAUUGUCGGUUCCUUUGGUGCGACCGCCGUUCUCGAAUUCUACGCCAUAGAGUCUCCGCUCGCGCAGCCGCGCAAUACGUUCCUCGGUCAGUUGCUGGCGUCGGUCAUUGGCGUCGGCGUGGCCAAGCUGUUUCUCCUGGGCGGCGGCGGCGCGCGCUUCGCCGGCGUGCAGUACGUCGGGGGCGCGCUCGCGUGCGCGGCCACGACGGCGCUCAUGGCCCUCACCAAGACGGUGCACCCGCCGGCCGGCGCCACCGCGCUGCUCGCCGUCGUCGACGACCGCCUGCUCGGCCUCGGCUGGUUCCUCGUCCCCGUCAUGAUGCUCGGCUGCGCCCUCAUGGUCGCCGUCGCCCUCGUCGUCAACAACAUUGAGCGCCGCUACCCCGUCUACUGGUGGACGCCUGAUGCGCUCCGCCCCAAGGAGCCCAUCCUGCGCCGCGCCAAGGAGGAGGACCCGGAGAGCGCGCCGGCGAGCGCGACCACGACGAAUGAGGGCCCCCCGCCGCCGCCGCCGGAGGAUACGGACCACGACACGGCGGCGGAGGGGCCCGAGGUCGCGCACUGCAAGCAUGAUUUGAAUGAGGUCGUUAUUCGCCCGGGACAUGUCUUGGUCCCGCACGACAUGUUUCUGACACAGGAGGAAGCUCAGCUGCUCGAGACGCUUAGCAGGCGCCUGUAG